GGUUAAAGGCUUGGGAGUGUUCCUGGAGCCACGGUUUGUUUAUCAGCCAGUUUCUCUCUGGCUCAACAGGUUGCUGCAGCCAUUUCAUUCUCAGGGAAAGGAAUCUAGGUGCGGCCCUCUCCUCCCUAGGAGCUUUUCUGCUGACUAAAAAGACCUGAGCUUACUCACUCCUCACACGCAAGCCCUGCUGAAGGAAACUUUCUCGAAGAAUAUUCCGUCCAGUCCCUCAGUCUUGUCCGAUUCUGCUGUUGUUGCUGAAGGUUGUCUGUGCAAGAUGGUGAGGUGCGGCCUGGCCUGUUGGCGCUGUAGAUGGCUACUGCCUCUGCUCUUGGGUUUAGCGAUCAUCCUUGGCAUAAUUGCUUUGGCUGGCCGAGGCUGGCUGGAAUCAGCGACGUUCCCCUAUGUCCGCCAAGCCUCUCUGUGGUCUGACUGCAUCAAACAAAGCGCAGAUGAUUACCACUGGAUUUGCAGUUCUCUCAUGGAUUAUAGUUGGGGUAGAGCUGCAGCUGCUACAUAUCUUGUUGGCUUUGUCAUCUUGGUCAUCUGUUUCAUCCUAGCAGUCAUCGCAUUUUCUAUUGAAAUACUGAGGUUUAACUUUGUUCGAGGAAUAGGAGGCCUUCUCUUCAUUGUUGCGGCUUUCCAAAUUAUAGGUUUGGUGAUCUAUCCCGUCAUGUACACGGAAGAGAUUCCGCUGACAGGAGCAAACAUGUUCAGUUGGGCCUAUGGCUUUGGUUGGGCAUCCACUAUUAUUGUGAUUGGCUGUGCAUUCUUCUUCUGCUGUCUUCCCAACUGGGAAGAUGAAGUCCUGGGCAACAUAAAGCCCCUCUACUAUGGUGCAGAGGGAAUUUGAUGUGAAGCUGAAAAGAUUAUUUGAAUAAAUAAUACAAACAAUGUUGUUUUUGCUUUACAUGAAAAAUCAGAACUUGCUGUGAUGCCAUUAUUAUUGUCUGAGAUAAUUACUGAGGUACUAGUUUGUUUUUUUUCUAAUAAAUAUACCAAUUUUGCA